AGUCUCUCUCUCUCUCUAUCUGCUUCUCUCUCUCUAGUCCAAUACCCCCACCAUCGUUCAGCUGAUAUUUUCCGGCGAGCAGUAUGGGCCUACUUGACCAGCUUUGGGACGACACCGUCGCUGGGCCUCGGCCAGACUUCGGCCUCGGCAAGCUUCGGAAGACCCAAUCUCUCGGCUUACGAUCCAACUCCGGCAAGGGAGUUGAUGGCGGGAGCGCGAGAUCGUACGGUGAGGGCUCAACGGAAGAGGCGGCAAAAGUUACACGGAGUAUUAUGAUAGUGAAACCCCCAGGAUAUGGGAGCGCCGGCGGCGAUUCCACUCCGGCGUCACCAGCUGGAUCUACUCCACCGGUGUCUCCCUUUUCUGGAGGCAGGGAGUCAUUUCGAUUUCGAAGAAGAUCCACGUCGGAUGCCUACGAGAAGGCAAGAGAGGUCAUUGGAGCAAAGAGCACCCCAUCUUCUUACGAUGUGUGACAUAUGAGCGGAGGUAUCUAGCAUGUUGGUCUCCCAGACGAUGUGCCUUACUCAGUCCUCAGAGCAUGUGAUAUAUCUAUGAGCAUGUUACAAAACCAACCAAGGCGGGAAAGAGAGUGCGUCGACUGUAUUUUCGUUAUAUGUAGCCCCUAAGUAGCUAAGUUUGAGCACUAUGUUAACUAAGUUUGAGUGUUGCUGGUUGUGUGGAUGUUUGUUUGUCGGAACUCGGAACUGUGUAAAGGUGUCCUGUAAGUGGCAGAUCUUGUUCAGCAGUGGCUUGUGUUUUGUAAUAUGUCAUAUGUCGAGUUGCUAGUUUACUCUUUAAAUUUCAAAAACUUGUGGUGUUGUGUUUCGUUGAUGUUCUUUCGAAUGUAGACUAAAAGCAUGAAAACAAUGCAUUUGAAU